CGUGAUUAAUUACACAUUUAAAGUCGCAUAUUUUAUAUGGAGAUUGGCGGCGUGAGUGCAUUGAAAAUACCAGCAGACAUCUGCCAUAUGUAUAACUUUGAUGCAUUCAUAACAACAUGAACUCUUUUGCCACGGUGGCUGAGAGUGGGUCGUUUCAGUCAUUGUGUCACGGUGACGCGCUCAAGAGCUGCGGAUUCAUGAACGCGCAGCAAUCUUUUCAAUGAUGGGAUCAGGAAGAGGGACGCGGAUGAAAGAUCGGUGUAAGGUUUCCCCUCUCUCAUCACUUCUGCAAGCAGCAGCCUCACAGAUAGAACAUUUGAGCGUCCAGCCUGCAAGAAGAGUGCUAUCCAGAGUGUUUCACCUCUUUGAAUAGAUUGAAUCAGUGCUGCCCAGCCAAUGCAACGUCUUAUUCCAUAUCUCUAAUGUUCCAGUGCAAACAAGUUCUUGAUAUCGUUGACUUUUUACCAAGAGCAGUCCAACAACAGCUGCUGAUUACAGCCGGCGCGGCUCUCAGCUUGGCUGGCUAUAAUCCAGAUGCCAGAGGACCCAAAUACAAGACUCCACUGAAGAAAAGACUCUGAGGAAAUAGUUUUUUUUCCCUUGUCAUUCUUGUUUUUGUUCACUCGGGUGCAGUCAUGGGGGCCACAGGCUACGGUUACUACCGUGUAACCAUCUUCUUCUGCAUGUUCAUGGGCUACGCGCUGUACUUCUUCAACAGGAAGACCUUCUCCUUCGUGAUGCCAUCAGUGAUGGAGGAGAUCCAACUGGACAAAGAUGACUUGGGUCUGAUCACCAGCAGCCAGACCAUGGCCUAUGCCAUCAGUAAGUUCAUCAGCGGCGUACUGUCGGAUCAGAUCAGCGCCCGCUGGCUUUUCUCCAUCGGACUCUUGUUGGUGGGAAGCAUCAAUGUCGCCUUCUCCUGGUCCUCCACUGUCCCCAUGUUCUCGCUGCUCUGGUUCAUCAACGGCCUGGGACAAGGCUGUGGCUGGCCCCCGUGUGGCAAAGUGCUGCGCAAGUGGUUUGAGCCCUCCCAGUUUGGAACAUGGUGGUCUGUGCUGUCCUGCAGUAUGAACCUGGCUGGAAGUCUGGGUCCGGUCCUGGUCACGGUGCUCCUGCAGUACUACGACUGGAGGACUAUCCUGACCAUGUCCGGCAUUUUCUGUGCUGCCUUCUCCUUUGUCUGUGUGGUGUUUGUAAAGAACGAGCCAAAGGAUGUGGGCCUGCCCAGCAUCGAGGCCGCAGUCAAGAAGGGCACCAAGGGAGGGACCAGUGAGAGCACCCUGAGGGAGUUCCUCCUCUCUCCGUUCCUGUGGGUGCUGUCUCUGGGCUACCUGGUGGUGUUCGGUGUGAAGACGGCGGCCACCGACUGGGGACAGCUGUUCCUCAUGCAGGAGAAAGGCCAGACUGUUCUCAUGGGCAGCACCUACAUGAGUGCCUUGGAGGUGGGGGGUUUCGUGGGCAGCCUGGCAGCAGGCUUACUCUCUGACAGAGCUGUAGCUCGGCAAGGCCUGGGCACCCACGGCAACCCUCGCCACGGCCUGCUCAUUCUCAUGAUGGCCGGGAUGUACGUGUCCAUGUACCUCUUCAGAGUCACCAUCACGCCUGAAGUCCCACAGGAGGCUCCUCUUUGGGUCCAAGUCAUUCACCCCAUCUCUGUCGUCAUUGGUGUAUCAGAAAAAGAGAUCUGGAUCCUGUUCCUCGGUGCUAUGUUUGGAUUCUCUUCUUACGGACCUAUUGCCUUGUUUGGGGUGAUAGCCAGUGAAAGUGCUCCUUCAAACUUUUGUGGAACCUCUCAUGCUGUUGUAGCUCUGAUGGCAAAUGUGGGGGCUUUUAUGGCGGGGCUUCCCUUCAGCACGAUUGCCAAACAACACAGCUGGGACAUGGCUUUCUGGGUAGCCGAGGUGAUAAUGGCCGCCGCCACCAUCGGCUUCUUCCUCGCACGCAACAUGCGCACCAAAAUGGGACGGAUCGCAGAGAAAAUGGACUAGUGUGUCCUCCUAAAAGUGAGCCGACCGUUGAUGUCCUGUUAUGUGACGAGACAGACUGUGUUCUUACACUGUUGACGGCUCUGUAUACAGAAUACUGCACAUUAUCAUAUCCUGUAUUAUACUGACCAAACACCACCCCUGUCUCACAGACUAAUCGCCAACAUUUUGUUUCUAAUUAACUGGGUGGAUGUCGAUGCUCAGGGUGGGUGUGAGUCAUUUAAAGUGCUCAUUUUAUGCUUUUUGGCUUUUCCUCUUGUCUUUGUUGUGUUAUGUAUCUUUUUUCUGCAUGUUACAGGUUUACAAAGUGAAAAAGCCCAAAGUCCCCCCCCCCCCCCCCCCCCCCCCCCCCCAAAGGGACUUACCAUCUCCAACAGAAAACAGUGUUCACCAACCGUUCCAAACAGCUCUACUGGAGUCCAGCCUUUACCUCAGAGACGAACCGGCGUCACAUUAGUGCGGUCAAAGGAUUAAAGUUAUUAAUUGCAGUUAAUCGUAUUAAUGUUAUAGUUAACUCGCAAUGAAUCACAUUUCAUUGCUCAUUUUGAUCUAUUUUAAAUGUCCCUUGAUUUCUUUUUUCCCCCCAAUGUUUUUGGACGCUGUUAAAAUGGGUUUGCGUUAACGCCGUUAAAAACCCCUUUAACUGACAGCACUAGUUAUAAUGCUAGCCUAGCUGCUAGCAUACAUACAUUUUGGGAAAGGAGAAAAAAAAUAAAGACUCUGGCUUGUUUGCAUGAGUUUAACCCAAUCCCAGUGGUUUUGGCGGCGCUAGACUCCGGACUCCGCGACGGCGGCUCUGUGAAAACGUUCUCCGGGAGGAACUUGUUCUGGUGGAACAUUUGCACCCCGCAAAAUAAAACAAACACAUACAAUAUGAAAUAAAUUGAACUGUUUACACAAGUAAACGUGAGCUAUUUAUAUGAGCUGAUACAUGGUUUAAAGUCACCUGCUCAUUCGUCCACAGCAUUCCCACCAGUCGGUCCAAAACGUCCCCGUUAGAGAGGAAAUGCCAGCGACGUAUUCUCUGUAAAUCUUUACAAUCCCUUCCUGAGAGAACCAAGCAGGCCUGUCUUGUUGCACCAUCCAAAUAUUCACCCAAACUCGCCAUUUUCAGUGCGUUAGCAACGUUCGCUUGAUCGCUCGGAGGAUUGAUCUCCCGUUGCUCCAAACUAAUCACAAGCUUUCACAACAGUCCCAAACAUUUGAAUGCUUCCACUUCAUCCUUUUCAUACAGAGACAUUUACAAUCAGCUGUAUAUGAAAUAGAACACAAACAUGAAAAUACGUAAAGGUUGGAGAGGAUUUUGUUGCGAUAAAGUGGGUGUGUGCUGCUCAUUGGAUACCUUGCCUUCAGUGGAGGUCAGUUCUGUUUAACUUAUUGAUUGUUAACUGAUGAGCCUGUAUAUUCUAGACUUUUAUUUGUCUGGGUAUUUGCACAGAUGUGGUAGCAUGUGUCAUGGUCAUUUUACUAAUACCUCAUAUUUGUAAAAAAGAAUGUCAUAGGCUCAUUAUUUCACUAAAAUGAACUGGAGAGCAUGUUAUUUUUAUACACAGUUGUAUGCUACAUGAUACAGAACUCCUUGUCCAGUGGUGGAAUGUAACUAGGUACAUUUACUCAAAUAUUGUAUUUAAGUACACAUGUUGAGAUAUGUUACUUGAGUCUUUUCUUUUCAUGCCUCUUUCUUCUUCUACUCCGCUACCUUUCAGAGAGAGGUGUUGUACUUUUUGCUCCACUACAUUCAUCUGACAGCUUUAGACUUUAAAAAUUUAGAUUAGACACAAAACACAUGUAGUUUAUACAAUCUGAUGUUUUAUUGUAAAUGACACUAGCCAACAAUAUAACAGUCCAGCUGAAUUGAGGAGACCGUUAAACACUCAUCCUUUUGGAUCCUUUACUCUUUCUAAAAUGGGCGGAUUCUUCUACAUGUAGUACUUUGACUCUUAACACUUUAAGUACAUUUUCCUGAUGAUACUUACAUGCUUUUACUUAAGUAACAUUUUUAAUACAGGACUUUAACUUGUAACAGAGUUACAGUGUGGUAUUAGUACUUUUGCUUAAGUAAAGGAUCUGACCACUUCCUCCACCACUGGCCUUGUCCGCUUCUGUGAUCGGAGCUGUUUUUAAGGAUGUGAUUAACAUCCAACCUGUGCUACAGGUGUUUGGUCACUGCCACGCUAGUUGUGUACAGACAUGAUUGUACUAGAUUGUAUAUUGUUAACGUUCUCAUCUAAAAAAUCUGGAGUUUUGUCAACGCCAACUACUGGGCUUGUGAAAUGGACUUGAAAGGUUCCGGACACCUAAUAAACUGGCAGUAGUUGAAUUUACCAGCGGCAGCCUUA